AUUUGAUUGCAGCAGAGUAGCGAAUCGAUAUCACAAUUCACCAUCAUUAUUAAUAGUGGAAGAUGCGCCUUCUUGAAAAUCGCAUGUAGAAUAUACAAUUUUCCUUAAACAGGUGCAUUCCUUCUGAUCUUGAAAACGGCUGAAUCGAGAGCGAUACCCACCGAAGCGAGACUUAUUUAGUGGAUCACGAAGCGAAGCCAUGGAGGAGCAAAAUAGCACCGCAGUUGAAGCGACGCAGUCACACGCUGUGUCACAGCAAAGCUCGUAUUUCUCAGAGAGUAAUGAACCUGCUGCUGACUUAGUAGGACAAGAGCUAGUAGAUGAAGACUACCUUGAAGGCCGAUUAGAGAUCGACGAGAAAAGAAAGAGAUUUGAUGAGACAUCUUGCACAGUCGAAGAAAAAGAGCUGUCCGAUCUGUUCAAGAAGGGAUUGCUUGAUGAUGGAAGCACCGGCCCCUUGAAGGGAGAUUUUACAUUGCACGAUCUUCCCCAGCUCACCGGUGACGAAGCAUGUAGCGUUCAGUGGACAACUUCAAAGCGAAAGCCAAAGGAGAAGGCGUCGAGAAGCGCCCAAAAGAACACCCAGCAGACGAGAGGCUUAACGGAUGAUGAACUGGCCAGCGUUCUACAGGCUUGUCCAGACUUGGAGAGCUUCAUCACCAAGUCGACUUAAAUAUUUCUAGUUUCUAUACAUCGCUUUCAUUACCAUACAUUAUUUUAGUUUUCCUCCCAGCCAGCGAGAACUUUUUCUAGCUGCUCAUGGCGAACCAAAGCCGUAUUGAAUGUCGGCUGUCCUUCCACCACACCGUCCGCAAACCUUUCAUAGAGAAGACCGACGCUUCUUCCUACUACUGGAAGCUCUUCUUGCCAGCUCUGCCAGCCCCAUUCAAUUUUCUGAACCUGGUCUGUGGCAAAGUCAUGAACCUCGAUGGUUACAGGGGCGUCGUAUGAAUUGGCGUGCAGAGAAGAUCCGCCAAAUGCUUGAAGUCGA